CGUGACAUUAGUCGCUGCGCCGCCUGUGGUGCGUGGUUGCGUGCGAGUGUAGUUGGGGACCAACCGUGCGAUUGAUCCUGUGGUGUCAAAAAAUUAUCGGUUCUCUAGGGUUUGAUUUUUGUAUGCCGUCCGCGUGACCGCGGCUUUUGCCCGAGGUCACUUGCAUGUCUGCCCGCGUUGAACGCGCAAUCUAAUUAUGAUCAAAUUAUUCUCGUUGAAACAAGCGAAAAAAGAUGGCGAGUCACCCAAGGCUGGUACCCAGAAGAAGGCGUCUGCGGCACAGCUGAGGAUCACGAAAGAUAUAAACGAACUGAAUCUCCCGAAAACGUGCGGCACGGAAUUCCCAGAUCCCGACGAUUUGCUAAGCUUUAAAUUAAUCAUCUGUCCAGAUGAAGGAUUUUACAAAGGUGGUAGGUUUGUAUUUAGUUUCAAAGUUGGGCCCAAUUAUCCGCAUGAGCCACCCAAGGUGAAAUGCGAGACUCAAGUUUAUCAUCCUAAUAUUGAUUUGGAUGGUAAUGUGUGCCUCAAUAUUUUGCGAGAGGACUGGAAACCCGUACUCACAAUCAAUUCCAUCGUUUAUGGUCUCCAGUAUCUCUUUCUAGAACCAAAUCCUGAAGAUCCGUUAAAUAAGGAUGCAGCUGAAGUUUUACAAAACAACAGAAGGGCUUUCGAACAAAAUGUAACGAAAGCGAUGAGAGGUGGUUAUGUAGGAUCCUAUUAUUUUGAUCGGUGUCUCAAGUGAUACAGUGCCUCACCGUCAAUACUGUACACACUUCUCCAAGGACUCACUGUAGGUGAAGAUAUCCUAAACUACGGAAUUAAUGUAGGACCACACUGUGUCCUCAUUAUCACUUGCGUGAUAACAUUAACAUAUUUACUUUCUUUGUGUCUUGCCAGGCCUAUAUACAUUUAAUUAAAGACGUAUUUUUUUCUUAGCACAAAAAACUCGGGCGAUUUGAAUGCAUCGUUCAUUGUUUUCGAUGAAUUACCAAGAAUGUUUAUUGGCCAUGGCAUUAUUUUAGUGAAUUUGAAGUGCAGUGUUGAGGGGCUCGUAGAAUUAUAGUUUGACAUUUGGCAGAGAGAUAAUAGAUGUUACGAUGUGAUUUAAUUGUGUUCCAUACAUUUACGAUUCUGGACUUAGGAAUUAGAAAGUUCUGGAAUUAGAAAGUUUUUGGAUCCUGAAUUUUUAAACUUCUUUUGCGAUUUUUAUAGGUACCUUAAUUUAUAAAAUAUUUAUUUUCUAAGGGGCGUAACCCAUUUUCAUAAUAAUUCACCGUAGCAUCUAUCAAAAUCUGCUUUUCAUUUAAAUAUAUGUACAAGUAACUUAUGUAUUUUGACUGAGAAUGGAAUAUAAGGCUGUUACAAAACUGCAAAUGUUUCGUUUGGAUUUUCGCAAACAGCAAAUUUUUACACCCGACAGAACAGCUCUCUUUCUGAUAUAUGUAAAAAAAUAAUAAUUCGAUGUCUUCUUUUUUAUGAGAAAAGUUAAAAUUUAUUUCACACUAAGCGAAGAAAUUGGUUUGCUUUAUGUACAAGUACAAACCUUACAGCAGUCAUUAAUAAUUACGAGAUUACAAUACAAUCGUGAGAUUUGUUAUGCUACAAAAUUUAAUUUAUCAUAUACUUCGUAAUUACUAGAAAUAUUGGAAAGUAUAUUUUCAACGUCACGCUUGUACAGAGUCUAUAUAAAAUAAUUGAGCAUAUCUCAAUGUAGUUUAGAAAAAUUGAUACAUGCAAGAAUCACAGAAAUACUUAUAUAACAAAGUGUGUUAAAAUGUGCCACCGAUACUUCUUUCUGCUAUUUGCUCUUAUAUUGAUGUAUAAAUCGGAAUAUUUAGAUAACACCAUAUAUAUCUCUUCAAUCUGUAGGCAUUUUGGAAUUCAUAAUAGUAAAUUUAUAUAAUCACUAGUGAAAAUAGAAA